AGGGAGGGAGGCAGGCAGGGGUUACAAUUACAUUGAGAGAGAGAGAGAGAGAGAGAGAGUAUCUUCUCCUCCCCACAGAGGAGGGCUGCCAUGAUGAUCAAUUCUCACAAUUUAUCAGCAGGAGGAGCUGGUGGCAGUCUCUUUUCUGGGUUCACACGUCUCAGCAAAGGUCUGGCAGUGGUGCUUGUUGCAGGAUAUGCCAUACUGCAGAUUUUCCCCCCUGCUUUAUCUUAUGUCGCACUUAUCCCGGCAAAGACAAUUCCUUUUGCUUGGAACCUCAUGACUGCAGGCUAUAUUGAGCAAUCAAUUUAUGGGCUGGUGUUCAACACGCUUGGUCUCCUUUUCAUAGGGAAACUGCUAGAACCAAUAUGGGGCUCAAGGGAGUUCUUGAAAUUCAUCAUUGUGGUGAACUUUUUAACUUCAGUUUGUGCCUUUGUCACAACUAUUGCAUUAUAUUACAUAACGACACAGGAAAGGUUUCUUUAUACACCCCUUUCUGGGUUCCAUGGAGUCUUGGCGGGUUUCUUUGUAGGCAUAAAGCAGAUCAUACCUGAUCAUGAGCUGAUUACAUUUAUUUCGCUGAAAGCCAAGUGGAUGCCAUCACUCCUUAUCUUGACAUCAAUUGUGAUAACCUUCCUUACUUCAGAAUCUGCUUCCUAUCUUCCAUUCUUAAUAUUCGGCACCUAUAUGAGUUGGCUCUAUCUACGUUACCUUCAAAAGAAUCCGGAGACAAACUGGAAGGGCGACCCAAGUGAUGAAUUUGCCUUCUUGACAUUCUUUCCUGAAUUCUUGCGACCAGUUAUAGACCCUGUUGGUUCUGUUUGUGAAAGACUAUUUUGUGGUAGAUCUGAAGUCUCUACUGAAGGCAAUGGUCAUAUACUGGGGGGUGCUCCCUUGCCUGGUUCUGAUCCUAUAGAGGCAUCUAGAAGAAGGGAACGAGGGGCGCGUGCACUUGAGGAAAGACUAGCAGCAGAGGAGGUAGCUGCAUCCGGAGGAGGGAAUGCAGAGGAAUCAUCACCACAUAUAGUAAUGAAUGCAUCGGAGAACGUUUAAGGAUGAACCUUUUCAAGGGCUAUAUAUUAAAAUAUAGUUGCUAAAGCUUUUGUGGGCAUCUGAUCCGUCCAAUGGAAUGAAUUAUGAGGUUGAGCAUGUUCCCUAAGACUUCCUCUGGCGCAAGUUGGUGUCCAGUGUGUGUGUCAUUCUCUUGAUCACAACUUGUAGCAAGUGGAUCCCUAACCUUGUGUUUUUUGAGAGAGCGAGAGAUUCUUUGUUCAAAUGACCUUGAGAGGCAUUGUUGUAAUUUGGACUGGAGUUUACGAUGUGCACCUGUGUGUGUGCGUGCGUGUGUUAUAUAUGGUUCUCCCUGGGCGUUAU